UAUGGUAUUGUAACCAAACCCGGAUAUGACGUAAUGGUGACAGGUCGCUCUCUGAGACAUCGGAAGUAAUCGUCCGUUUCGGUGACGCUGCAUAAGACUGCAAGACAUGGACCGGUCUAGGCUGUUGGGGACUCUUCUCCUGACUCUGGCCCUCGCCGGAGCACAGGCACUCACACCUUCACACCACCUAUGUCUGGCUGAUGUGGCCCGGCUACAGAAUUUCCUCAGCCAGCAAUUCACUGACCUGGAAUCUGCCUACUACUCUGUUGUUGGUCUGAGUAAGCUUGGAACUACUGUUCCCGACCAGGAUGAGGUAUGUCAGUUUGUCAAGGCUUAUCUGGAUCCAACGAGUGUAGAAUCUCUAUUUUUUGCUGCAGAGACCAGUCAAGCAAUUUCAGGAUGUGAGAUCCCUGUGUCCAAUGAAACUCGUGACAUUUUGCUGGCAGCAGUCAGUGAAGAUUCCACCAUGAGCCAGAUUCACCAAGCUGUGAGCGCCCUUAGCUCUCUCGGACUCCCUGUGGCUUCUCAGGAGGUAGUAGGUGCCCUGGCGGCUCGCAUCAACAAAGAGGACAACGUCAUGGCCAUCACGUUGGCUCUACAAACAGCAGCUCGUCUCUCUCAGCACGCAGAGAUUGGAGGAAUACUUGAAGAAAUUGAGGACCUGACUCGUUUGGAUGACCUCGGUGGUCUUUACCUCCAGUUUGAAGAAGGACUUGAGGCCACUGCAAUGUUUGUGACUGCUGCCUACUCUCUGUCAGAUCAUGUAGAGAUUGAGCCCCCACUUAAGGAGGACCAAGUCAUUCAGCUGGUGAACUCCAUCUUCAGCAAAAAAUCCUGGGACUCUUUGUCUGAGGCCUUCAGUGUAGCAAGUGCCGCUGCCGCUCUAUCCACCAACCGCUUCCACGUGCCGGUCAUUGUUACUGCUCAGGGUCCAGCGACUGUGUCUCACAGUCAGCCAACCCUGCAGCUCCUGGUUACUGAUGUCUUAUCUCAGCCUUUGACGACAGCUAAUGUGCUGGUAGAAUCUGCAACUGCUGUGGCUUCCAAGAGUGUCAUUCUGAGCCAAGCACCAUUCACACUUAAUGACGGAGUCUUUGAAUUAAACUUCAUGUCCAGCCAGCCUGCAAGUGGAUAUUACCAGUUUUCCAUUGCAGUGACUGGUGACACCCGGCUGGUAGCUAAUCACGUUGAGCUUAAAGUAAAGGUGUCCACUGAGGUGGCCAUCACCAACAUGGACCUCUCUGUGGUUGACAAGGACCAGAGCAUUGGUACAAAGACCAACAGAGUGGAUUAUCCUUCCAAGGCCAAGAGUCAAUUCACUGCAGACAGCCACCAGAACUUUGCCAUGUCCUUCCAGCUGGUUGACAUCAACACUGGAGUGGAGCUUACUCCUCACCAGACCUUCGUCAGACUGCACAACCAGAAAACUGGCCAAGAGGUUGUGUUCGUGGCUGAGCCCGACAGCAAGAAUCUCUACAAGUUUGAGUUGGACACAGCUGAGCGAAAAUCUGAGUUUGAUUCCAUCUCUGGUACCUACUCCCUUUACCUCAUUGUUGGAGAUGCCACCUUGGAAAACCCCAUUUUAUGGAAUGUGGCUGAUGUCAAUCUGAAGUUUUUGGAUGAAGAAGCUCCUGCUACUAUUCAACCCAAGACCCUCUAUGUACCAAAACCAGAGAUUCAGCACUCAUUCAGAGAACCAGAAAAGAAACCUCCCACAUUUGUCUCCAACGCCUUCACUGCAUUGGUCCUGUCACCCAUUCUGCUCCUGCUCAUCAUAUGGUUGAAGCUGGGAGCAAACAUUUCCAACAUCAGCUUCUCCCCCAGCACCAUUCUGUUCCAUGUUGGACAUGCAGCCCUCCUAGGCCUGAUGUACGUCUACUGGACCCACCUCAACAUGUUCCAGACCUUGAAGUACCUGGCAAUUAUUGGUGGCAUAACUUUUCUAGCCGGAAACCGCAUGCUGGCCCAGAAAGCAGUGAAAAGGAUUGCUGCAGAGCAGAGUAGUAGGUUGGCAAAGUAUAGGAGCCUGCGAUAAGGCCCCCCUCCCCCAUAUUUAUAACAAACGAGUUGAUCUUGCAUCCAGGCUGAAGUAAGGGCGUCUCUGUAGCCUGUAAAAUCCACAGUGCAUUUUCAUAGUAGCUAGCAGUGGCAUGGCUGCGUGGUUUCUGUUCACUCAUUCAAAUGUCCCAGUCUUCACAUGUAUGUGUCGCUCUGAGCUCUCCCCUGGUUUGCCCCUUCACCCACUUCACUGUGAUCUAACAUCCAUCGUGGUUCUGGUACCGUCAC